AUGGUCAAGGUCGCAUCAAUUUUACGAGGUUGUGAGACUUUCCUCUUUGAUUGUGAUGGUGUUAUUUGGAACUCCAACAUUCUGAUCCCAUCGUCUCAGGCACUUAUACGUCAUCUGCUUGAGUUAAAGAAGAAUCUUUUCUUAAUUACGAAUAAUAGUAGGCGGUCCGUGGAGGAAUAUCUUUCUAAAUGUAAUGGUCUUGGACUUCCAGUCUCAGAAAAAAAUAUAAUAUGCUCUGCACAUGUCGCUGCUACAUUUCUUCGAGAUAAUCCUCCAGAUGGUGAGGUAUAUGUGAUUGGGGAGAGUGGAAUUAGUACGGAGUUGAAAAAGUUCGGAAUACCUCAUCAUGGUGUUGGACCUGAUUUACCAACAAACUUGGCUAAUCCGCUUGAGGGUGUUCAGUUGAAACCAAAUGUAAAAGCCGUACUUGUGGGAUUCGAUAGUCACUUCAACUAUAGAAAGCUUAUGCAGGCAACUUCAUACAUAAGCAAAGGAGCUUCUUUCUAUGCUACUAACGAAGAUGCUCAGCUACCAGGGGGUAAUAUAGUGUUACCAGGUACUGGUUCAAUUGUAUCAGCUGUCAAAGUUGCAUCUGGAAAGGAACCUGUCGUAUUUGGAAAGCCCCAUAAACCCAUGUUUGAUCUCCUGUGUAAAUAUUGUGAUUUGGAUCCGUCUAAAACCAUUAUGGUUGGAGAUAAUUUAUAUACUGACAUUGCAUUUGGAAACAAAUUUGGCUUAUACACAGCUUGUGUGCUGACUGGCGUGACAAAUCAGAAAUUAAUCGAUAAAGUAAACACUACACCUGGAGAUGAAGUACUUCGACCGAAAUUUGUUUUCGAAUCCGUUGCAGAUAUAUUAAAUAUUUUGAAGACUUAA